AUGACUAAAUUGGUAAUAUCCGCGUCGGAUUUCCAAUCUCAGGUGGCUGAUCUAUUGCCAAGCAACAAAGGGACAAAAUCUCAACUGACGCUUUCUUUGAUCCAGUGUUACUCACUACUAGAUGGCUUUGAUCAUGUUAUCACAAAACCUGCAUGUUCAAAAAGUGAUUUACUAAAAUUUCAUUCCUUGAAGUACGUUGGUAUUAUACUAGAUGAGAAGCUCAAUAAAAACCUGCCAUUUGAUAACGAUGAAGAAGCGUUAUCUGGAUUGAAUGAUUUAAGAGCCGCUUGGAAUGAGACCCAUUACGAUGAACCAAAUAAGGCAAGGUACAUCUUCGAAAAAAAAUCCGAUUUACUUAGUUACUUCAAUGAAUUUUCAUUGAUACCAACCGUUAAAUCUUGUAAGAGUUCAUUUGGGGACGCUUUUGACAAGAUAAGAUUGGAUAAUAAUGCCUCCGAAUCUGAAGAUGAUUUAGAUACUUAUAAUCUAGAGGGUGACUGCCCAUUGUUUUCAUACUUGCCAAUGUACUGUCAAACCGUCACUGGUGCAAGCCUGCUGCUUGCCGACUACAUUGGUAAGUCAGAAAGAACUGUCGCUAUAAACUGGGAUGGAGGCAGACACCAUGCUUUUAAGGGUCGGGCUAGUGGAUUCUGCUACGUCAAUGACAUAGUUUUGCUAAUACAGAAGCUACGAAAAAAGGGAUUUCAGAAGAUGAGUUAUGUCGAUUUUGACCUACACCAUGGUGAUGGUGUAGAGAAGGCGUUUCAGUUUUCAUCGAAUAUCCAAACUUUAUCUUUACAUUUAUUUGAGCCGGGUUUCUUUCCGUGCACCGGAUCAUUAGAGGAUUCAAAAAAGGGCAAGAACAUUUUUAAUAUACCAUUGCUACAUGGGCUCAACGAUGCGUUUUUGUUCUCCUUAGUCAAUAGAAUAAUCAAACCUCUUAUAUCGAGCCAUGAACCUGAAAUUCUCCUUAUCCAAUGUGGAGGUGACGGCCUCAUAGGCGACAGUUUCGAAGAAUGGCAAUUAUCAAUACGAGGAUUGUCUGAGUGCAUAAUGAAUCUCCUCACAGAGUUCAAGAAAUGUUCCGUUAUACUUCUAGGAGGCGGAGGCUAUAAUGUGACCGUCAUGAGUAGGUUCUAUACUUACCUGACAUCGAAGAUAUUGACGAAAUAUAAAAACGAUUACAUGAAAUCCAUAUCUCUUGAGUUCUCAGAAGAUGCCUUAAUACCAGAGCAUGAAUUUGUAGAGCAAUACGCAGAGGAGCACUAUAAAUUUUGGUAUUAUGAAUUAGAAGGAAGUCUCAAAAGAAAGACCUUAAAGAAUGAUAACCGAAUUGAGUACAUAACAAAGUUGGAAAACUUGUACCGUAUACGAAUACCGUAG